AUGGAUGAUAUUCUUGCAAAGGCAAGUAACCAGGCAAUGUCCUUUGCCAUAAGAUCGGGGAUCUCGAUUGCUUCGGGAUUUGCCAUCAAAACAGUUGCAAAGUUGCUCGACCGCAUCCCAGCAACAGAAAAGGCUCGCAUUGAGGGGGCCAACUCCAAACUAAGAACGAAGAUAAAUAUCAUCUCCACAUCCAUUGAUCUCAUUAGACUAGAGUCUGCACGUGGAAACUCUGCAUUGGAGCCUACGUUGCAGAUGGUGGAUGAGUUGAAGAUUGAAAUCGAUCAGUUCGACUUGAAGGUGGUCUCGCUUCUUGAGCAAUUCACGCAUUCAAACCGGAUUGAGACCGUCAAACUCGCGGAAAAGGCAAUUGAGUCAUUGAUUCUGUCCAUAAAUGAUGCUAUCCCACUAAUCAACUUGUCGCUUAUUACGUGUGGGGUUAGCUUUCCCAGCUCUAUCAGUCCCAAAGUUUCACCCAGUAGAUUGCUUCAGUCUACUUGUCACAUCCAUGAGGCAAACUCGAAGUUCGCGAAGUCGAAUAGUCUCAAAAGCGUGACCGUUGGCCCUGUAUUUGAUCUUAAGCUUUAUACUGUGUUCUAUAAUCCUAGCAGACUUCGAUAUGUCGAGGACGAUGACAAGUCAUCCACUUCAAGCUCCACAGCUGACAGGACUAGUCAGAAAAUGCUGACGGUGUCAUGGAAGGAAGAAUUUGCUCGUGCUCUGUGCAAACUUGUAAGAUUGCAAGGUAAGAAGUUUGAGUUUAAUCUUGUCAUUGAGGAAGAUUUCGAUGACGGAAGGUACCACGAAGAUGACGAGAAGCCAGAAGUGAAAACCGUCAUGGUGGAGAAAAUCCAGAAACAGUUUUUUAGCGCUAGUGGUCAUCUUCUAAGAUUGGAAGGCUCUAAUUCGCCUGUACUUACUUUGAAGAUAGAAACUGCGUCGGGCUUCGAUUAUAUUGCACUUGGCGAAUAUUCAGAGCCUGAUGAUAGCGAAGAUGAGAGUGAUUCCAGUGACUAUGAGGAUGCAAAGGAGACAGAAGGACCCAAGAAAACCAAGAAUUUAUCGCUUUUAGAAUACUUGUUGAGACUUGCGUCUCUUCAGGAAGUUGAACAAAAGGACAUUCUAGAAGUUUGUGAUGAGAAGCUUUCGUUUUACCUUUCAAACCAAGCUGAUAACUCAUUAAUUCCCAAAUCGAAAAGUCAGAAGGCCGGUGAGCUUGCCCAAAAACAAAGCAAUGACCAGUAUCUUGAACACGAUUCAAACACCACUCGAUUAGGAAAUUUAUCAUUGGAGAGCAAGUAG